AUGGUGGCACCGAGACCCCUGGUCAUCUUGCUGCUGCUGCCCAGCCUCACCCUGCUGGUAUCCCACCUCUCCAGCUCCCAGGAUGUUUCCAGUGAGUCUAGCGGUGAGCAGCAGCUGUGCGGCUUGAAGGAGCACCCUACCGUGGCCUUUGAAGAUCUGAAGCCGUGGGUCUCUAACUUCACCUUCCCUGGAGCCCGAGAUUUCUCCCAGCUCGCUCUGGAUCCCUCCAGGAACCAGCUCAUCGUGGGAGCCAGGAACUACCUCUUCAGACUCAGCCUUGCCAAUGUCUCCCUCCUUCAGGAGGAGUGUCAGAACUACGUGCGAGUCCUGAUUGUCGCCGGCCGGAAGGUGUUCAUGUGUGGCACCAAUGCCUUUUCCCCUGUGUGCUCCAGCAGACAGGUGGGGAACCUCAGCCGGACUAUCGAGAAGAUCAAUGGUGUGGCCCGCUGUCCCUACGACCCACGCCACAACUCCACAGCUGUCAUCUCCUCCCAGGGGGAGCUCUACGCAGCCACAGUCAUCGACUUCUCAGGCCGGGACCCGGCCAUCUACCGCAGCCUGGGCAAUGGGCCACCACUUCGCACAGCCCAGUAUAACUCCAAGUGGCUCAAUGAGCCAAACUUUGUGGCAGCCUAUGACAUUGGGCUGUUUGCAUACUUCUUCCUGCGGGAGAACGCGGUGGAGCAUGACUGUGGGCGCACCGUGUACUCUCGGGUGGCCCGCGUGUGCAAGAAUGACGUGGGGGGCCGCUUCCUGCUGGAGGACACCUGGACCACAUUCAUGAAGGCACGGCUCAAUUGCUCCCGCCCGGGCGAGGUCCCCUUCUACUACAAUGAGCUGCAGAGUGCCUUCCACCUGCCAGAGCAGGACCUCAUCUACGGGGUCUUCACCACCAACGUAAACAGCAUCGCCGCUUCUGCUGUCUGCGCCUUCAACCUCAGUGCCAUCUCCCAGGCUUUCAAUGGCCCGUUUCGUUACCAAGAGAAUCCCAGGGCUGCCUGGCUCCCCAUUGCCAACCCCAUCCCCAAUUUCCAGUGUGGCACCCUGCCAGAGACGGGCCCCAACGAGAACCUCACAGAGCGCAGCCUGCAGGAUGCCCAGCGCCUGUUCCUGAUGAGUGAGGCUGUGCAGCCAGUGACACCUGAGCCCUGUGUCACUCAAGACAGUGUGCGCUUCUCACACCUCGUGGUGGACCUCGUACAGGCCAAGGACACGCUCUACCAUGUGCUCUACAUCGGCACAGAGUCAGGCACCAUCCUGAAGGCGCUGUCCACCGUGAGCCGCGGCCUCCGCGGCUGUUAUCUGGAGGAGCUGCACGUGCUGCCUCCCGGGCGACAUGAGCCCCUGCGCAGCCUGCGAAUCCUGCACAGCGCCCGAGCGCUUUUUGUGGGGCUGAGCGACGGAGUCCUACGGGUCCCUCUGGAGAGGUGCGCCGCCUACCGCAGCCAGGGGGCAUGCCUGGGGGCACGGGACCCAUACUGCGGCUGGGAUGGGAAGCAGCAACGUUGCAGCACACUGGAGGACAGUUCCAACAUGAGCCUCUGGACCCAGAACAUCACAGCCUGUCCUGUGCGGAAUGUGACACGGGAUGGGGGCUUUGGUCCAUGGUCACCAUGGCAACCAUGUGAGCAUUUAGAUGGAGACAACUCAGGCUCUUGCCAGUGCCGGGCCCGAUCCUGUGACUCCCCCCGACCCCGCUGUGGGGGCCUCAGCUGCCUGGGUCCAGCCAUCCACAUUGCCAACUGUUCCAGGAAUGGGGCAUGGACCCCGUGGUCUUCAUGGGCACAGUGCAGCACAUCCUGUGGGAUCGGCUUCCAGGUCCGCCAGCGAAGUUGCAGCAACCCUGCGCCCCGCCACGGGGGCCGCAUCUGCGUGGGCAAGGGCCGGGAGGAGCGGUUCUGCAAUGAAAACACCCCUUGCCCAGUGCCCAUCUUCUGGGCCUCCUGGGGCUCCUGGAGCAAGUGCAGCAACAAUUGCGGGGGCGGUGUGCAGUCGCGUCGUCGGGCCUGCGAGAAUGGCAACUCCUGCCCAGGCUGUGGCGUGGAAUUCAAGACCUGCAACCCCGAGGGCUGUCCAGAAGUGCGGCGCAACACCCCRUGGACCCCUUGGCUGCCCGUGAACGUGACGCAGGGCGGGGCGCGGCAGGAGCAGCGCUUCCGAUUCACGUGCCGCGCUCCGCUGCCAGACCCCCACGGCCUGCAGCUUGGCAGGAGGAGGACUGAGACGAGGACCUGCCCAGCGGACGGCUCCGGAGCCUGCGACACCGACGCCCUGGUGGAGGAUCUCCUGCGCAGCGGGAGCACGUCCCCACACUCGCUGAGCGGGGGCUGGGCUGCCUGGGGCCCCUGGUCGUCCUGCUCCCGGGACUGCGAGCUGGGCUUUCGCGUCCGCAAGAGAACGUGCACCAACCCCGAGCCCCGCAAUGGAGGCCUGCCCUGCGUGGGCGAUGCCGCCGAGUACCAGGACUGCAACCCGCAGGCUUGCCCAGGUGAGGACAUCUGUCUCGGGCUGCACACGGAGGAGGCACUAUGUGCCACACAGGCCUGCCCAGAAGGCUGGUCACCCUGGUCUGAGUGGGGUAUAUGCACCGAAGAUGGAGCCCAAAGCCGAAGCCGGCACUGUGAGGAGCUUGUUCCAGGGCCCAAUGCCUGUGCUGGAAACAGCAGCCAGAGUCGCCCUUGUCCCUACAGCGAAAUUCCUGUAAUCCUGCCUGCCUCCAGUGUGGAGGAGGCCGCCAGCUGUGGAGGGUUCAGUCUUAUCCACCUGGUGGCCACCGGCGUUUCCUGCUUCCUGGGCUCUGGGCUCCUGACCUUGGCGGUGUACCUGUCUUGCCAGCACUGCCAGCGCCAGUCUCAGGAGUCCACACUCGUCCAUCCUGCCACCCCCAAUCACCUGCACUACAAGGGUGGGGGCACCCCCAAGAAUGAGAAAUACACUCCCAUGGAGUUCAAGACCCUGAACAAAAAUAACCUGAUCCCUGAUGACAGAGCCAAUUUCUACCCACUACAGCAGACCAAUGUAUACACGACCACCUACUACCCCAGCCCGCUGAACAAGCCCAGCUUCCGGCCUGAGGCCUCACCUGGACAGCGGUGCUUCCCCAACAGCUGA